CUGAAAUCCUUCGGAGUACCCGAAAUCUGGUUCCUUAGAUCUCCUAGAGCAACGUAUUCUAAAGCUCCGAUCCUCGUGGACAGACAACACGCCGCACAUCCCCCGCGUCCGGCCGCUUGAUCAUUCCUCAACGUCGAUCACUACUGGGCCACACCCGUUCGACUGUCGUUUCCGCUCUUCCCUCCAGUUCUCGCUCGAUCUCUCUCUCUCGCGCGCUCUCCCCACCUUCUUCUCUCUCCCCGCCUCUGCCACCUCCCUCGCCCUCACUCUCUUUCCCCUUUUCUUGCGGAACGUCGGGGACACACCGCCGUGUCAUGGAAAUUGAUUGAUUCUUCCUUUUUUGGUCGGAUAUUCGUGGGAGGACCCCGGUUCAUCAUGGAUCCCCAGGCAGCUCGCGAGCUGCUGGAGUACCUGCGUACAUGCUACCCGAUCUUCCUGCUGUGCCUCUUUGCGGUGGCCUUCAUAGUCAACACGAUGGUCACUGCGAGCAGGGCGAGCAACAAUGAAACUGUUCGCAUGGGUCCUGGGGGACGACCACUCCCCAAGCGAUGCCGCAGUGCAGCUCCUGCUCGGAAAACCAAGGAGUUUUCUCCCACCGUCAAACGCUUCUUCAAUUGGUUUUCGGUGGUCGUACUCGUCACCUACCUGAUUGAUGCGACGAUCUACAUUCUCCAUGUCAUGUUGGCCCGAUCCGAGCAUUGGUGGCGAGGUCAGUCUGCAGUUAUCUAUAUCGUCGGUUCCUUCUUCUUCUACGCCGUCUUGUUGAUGACACUGCUCGACACCAGCCCGUCUCCGACAGCCGCUCAAUUCGUGUGUUGGCUUGCCGCCAUUCCCCUCGAACUCGUUAUUCUUAGCACCUCUCUCUCACUUUACACUUCGCCUCACCAUGAGCCGGUCGUUGGCGAUCCCGAAGGCGGCAAGCUUCGCAAAACUAUUACUCCCUGGGAAUAUUCUGAAGUGGCGUCAAACAGCCUCCGCGUAAUGAUUCUGCUGGCUCUCGUUGUUCUGUACGCCAGCAAGUCAAUCACUUGGAAGAGCCAGGGCCCGAAGGACGGGCACCGUACAAACGGCGGCGUUAGCGAGUCCACUGGACUUUUGGAUGCCGCAGCUGCAGAGAACGGUAAUGGAAACGCCAAUGGCCAUGCCUAUGGUGCGACCAAUGGUUCGUCGGGCGAAACGACCAAGCCACAGCCAGACCCUUGGGUUCGCCCGACGACCAUUCCUUCCACGAGUUGGUGGGAGUAUCUGAGCGGCUACUCGCUCUUUUUUCCCUACCUGUGGCCGUCCAAGUCCCGCCGUCUGCAAAUUGUUGUGGUACUUUGCUUCAUUCUGCUCGUUCUCCAGCGAAUUGUGAACGUAAUGGUACCCAACAAGGUGGGAGACAUCAUCACUAUCUUGGCCAACGAGGAAGGGAAGGAAUUCCGCGUUCCCUGGCUCGAAAUAUUGCUGUAUGUGAUUCUCCGGUGGCUGCAGGGUGGCCAGGGUCUUCUCAGUUCCAUGCGCUCCAGUCUGUGGAUUCCUGUCAGUCAGUAUUCUUACAUGGAGCUCUCCAAUGCCGCCUUUGAGCAUGUGCACGGUCUCAGCUUGGAUUUCCAUCUCGGAAAGAAGACUGGUGAAGUGCUUUCUGCUCUAAGCAAGGGUAGCUCUAUCAAUACAUUCCUGGAGCAGGUAACUUUCCAGGUGGUUCCGAUGUUAAUUGAUUUGGUCAUUGCAUUUGGGUACUUCGUUGUUGCAUUCGAUGCAUACUAUGCACUCGUCGUUGGUAUCUCGACAUUCGGCUAUCUUUACGUUACUAUUCGCAUGGCUCAAUGGAGAGCAGAAAUCAGAAGACAAAUGGUGAAUGCAUCACGUCAAGAAGAUGCCGUGAAGAACGACUCGAUGGUCUCGUACGAGACAGUCAAGUAUUUCAACGCAGAACAAUACGAGUUCCAACGCUACCGCGAUGCCGUGGGCGAGUUCCAAAAGGCCGAGUACCAUGUUCUCUUCUCUUUGACGCUUCUCAACACCUGUCAAAAUACAGUAUUUAUGAUGGGCCUGCUACUCACCUGUUUCAUUGCUGCGUACCAAGUUUCCGCCGGCCAGCGCAAAGUCGGUCAAUUUGUCACCCUGUUGACUUACAUGGCCCAGCUCCAGGGCCCAUUGAACUUCUUCGGCACCUUCUACCGUUCUAUUCAAUCUGCGCUGAUCAAUGCCGAGCGUAUGCUUGAAUUGUUCCGGGAGCAGCCAACGGUGGUUGACAGCCCUUCUGCUACUCCUUUGAUCAUGUGCAAGGGCGACAUCAAGUUCCAGGGCGUGGAGUUCUCCUAUGAUAAACGGAAACCAGCCCUGAACGGGCUAACUUUCCGUUGUGAACCCGGUACCACGACUGCCUUAGUUGGCGAAUCUGGUGGAGGCAAAUCAACGGUCUUCCGCCUGCUUUUCCGAUUCUAUAAUGCCGAGAAGGGAUCUCUCACAGUCGAUGGUCGUGACGUUUCAGAUAUCACAAUUGACUCUCUGCGGAGGCACAUUGGUGUGGUUCCUCAGGAUACCGUACUCUUUAACGAGACCUUAAUGUACAACUUGAAGUACGCCAACCAGGCAGCCACUGAUGAGGAUGUCUACGAGGCCUGCCGGGCCGCCAGUAUCCACGACAAGAUUCUGGCGUUCCCUGAUGGGUACAACACGAAGGUUGGCGAGCGCGGCUUACGUUUGAGUGGUGGCGAGAAACAGCGUGUCGCAAUCGCACGCACCAUCCUGAAGAACCCUCGAAUCAUUCUUCUUGACGAGGCCACCGCAGCUCUGGACACUGACACGGAAGAGCACAUUCAGAGGGCUCUUUCGACCCUCUCGCACGGCCGUACUAUGCUCGUGAUUGCCCAUCGCCUCAGCACCAUCACUACCGCUGACCGAAUCCUGGUUCUGGCUGACGGUCAGGUGGCCGAGAGCGGCACGCACGAGGAACUACUGCUUCUCAAGGGCCGCUAUGCCAGCAUGUGGCGCAAGCAGAUCCGAGCUCAGAAGGCUGCUGCUGAAGCCCAAGUUUUGCAAGACCGUGCCGAGCGCAUUCGCAACGCCACUCAUAGUGAUGACAGUUCCAGUCAAUCCGACGAGGACCGCAACCGCACUCGUCGUGCCGCCCACUAAACCUUCUUCAGUCUUGGACGUCCUGUACAGGCAAACUCUAACUCCCCCCCAUGGUUCUCUCCCAUUUUCCACCUCUCGACGUGUGCAUAAGCUAUCUCUUCUCAUAACUUUCUUUUCUUCAACAUCAACGCCAAAAAGCAAGACGGGGGAGGGGUUAAUAUGAACGGAGAACAGCAGGGACGGCAAGAGAUGUGGGGUUCUUUUUUGUGUUUGCCUUGGCCUUCUUUUCUUUUUUCUCUUGUCUCCCCUCUCGUUUAUCUUUUCGGGUCCCUUCUGCUUCUUCCUCUCCUCCUUACCGAUGCAGGGUCUGCCUUUCUUUUCCCUUUCCCUUCUUUCCAGCAUUCGAUUUUCUAUCGCAUUCCUUUCAUUGCGUUUACAGGAGUUUGGGGCUUUACGAUGCGCACGAGUGAAGUUCAUUAUUGCCUUGUCCUUGUUUCAUAUGCAACCCGAGGUGCACUUGGUCGCGGUUUUGGGGUUUCCGGAAAUAAAACACUAGAUUAAUCACUAGGGCCGCCGGGACGGAUUAUAUUUAAUACAAAAGGACUUUUUUCAAACAGAG